AUGGGGGCGGGCGAUUCCUCCGAUGCGUUCAAAGAUGCCGACAUAGACUCGCAAUACUCAGCCAUCGUGUUGAAGCGAGGAGACGGCCUUCCAGAUCGAUCCAUCUCCAAUGAACGCCGUAUUCAUCGGCAGAUUCUAUCGGCAGUCCAGAUGCACGGUAACAACCCGUUAUUCUUCCGCGUCAAUAUUCCGUCGGCCAUCGACCAUUUACCUCCCCAAUCCGACAAAUGGAAGACGAUUCUUCCGCGGCUUCUAACAGAAUUUGUGGCGUGUGAAGCACUCGUUAGCGAACGGAUCUUACCAAUGCCUCGCGAAACCCGUCGUCUCCUGGUACAAAGAUUUUGGAAUGGAGAUAUUGACUCGGUAGUCAACGAUAAACGAAACGAGCACUGCCUCGUGCGCCCGUACCUUGGCCGUCGUCGGCAAGGGGCACGACAGAGUCGCCUACAAUCCAUCAGCCUUCGUAACUAUCCCCUUUACGCCGACCAGAUCGAAGAGCUUGGGCUCCCGAUUGACGAAAUAGAUGCCAACGAUGUCGAGUUUGUUCUCGCCCGCCCCCUAACCUCGCUCACUACGGGCAUUCUCGGUUCUCAUGCUAUGUGGCUCCUCGAUUUCGACUAUUGUAAGGAACUCGAUAUGAACGAGACCGGCGUCAAGGUCGCUGUCCAGCGGUUUUGGCGGAACGAUCCGUUCUAUCCAAACCCGAACUGCAAGUGUCCCGAGGACGAAAGACUAUGGGCAUUGUUUAAGGACAGGUUUCUCGGAUCUAGUAGAGCGAUUCUGGAAGGAGAGUGUGAAGCAAUUCGGGAGCUGCCAGAACUAUUGAUGGCGAGGAUUGUGGAGACGAUAGGUGUUUAUUAUAAAGGUAGUUAGACUAGAUAGAUGGUGAAUACGGAAUAAAUAUUUGUAAUUG